UAAGUAUACAUGUAUAUAUUUCCAUAUUUUUAACAUUUUGGUGAGCACAAUCAGUAGUAGUGCUGAACUCACACUCCCGACUUUCUUCUUCUUCACUUCGCCGAUUCCAACUCCGACUCCGUCUCCAACUCCAACUCCAACGCCAAAUUUCCAAAUGACGAAAGAAAUUACAGCAAUGAUUAAAGAUGCUGAUAUGAAUCGUGAUAUGCAAGAAGAUGCCGUGUAUAUAGCUGCUAAUGCUAUCGAUGAACAUGAUACAGAACAAGAGAUUGCUCGGUAUAUUAAAACAGAAUUUGAUCAAAAACAUCAACCAUAUUGGCAUUGUAUAGUAGGGGGAACAUUUUCUAGUUUUGUAUCACAUCAAGCAAAUAAGUUUAUCUACUUUUUUCUUGGAAAUCGUUCAAUACUACUCUAUAAAUCAAUAUAAUCUGAUCGUAUGUUUACCAUUUUGUAAAUGAUCUGAUACGCAUAUACAUACACACAUAUCAUAAAUAACAAAAUCAUCUCUAAAUCACCGUCCCUAUCACUGUCGUUAACGUCAUCAUCAAAAUCAGUUUCAGCGAAGACCUUAUGUUAAAAUUUUCAAUACUAUUAUUAUUAUUGUUAUUAUGUGCAAUAAGGCGUAAUAAUAAAAAACAACGUAAUCAAUUAAAACAAACCGAAAAAAUCCAUCAAAUAAAAGAGAAAUUAACAUGUACAAUAAAAUUUGAGUUAAAAUAGAAAGUUAUUCUAUGCAAUAGCAUCUGCUUUUUAAUCUGUUAGCUAUUAUUAGUAUUAUUUAACAAAACAAACGAUAAUAAUUCGAGGCAUUGAACCAUUGAACAUUCUUCUUCAAUGUGUUUGUUACUUUUCCCCCGCGUAUUCUCAAUUUUUAUGUAUUUUUAAAAAUACUGUUCAGAAAGGAAACCAUGUAAAGUUUAAUAGUAUUAUUAGUAUUGUUGUUUGUAAAGUAAUUUUGAUAUUCAUUAUUAUUAAGAUUGGUUAACUUUUAUUUUUUGAAAUAAAUGAUCAUAGAUUCA